AUCCCAAAAGUUGGUUCCCCCAGUUAGUCGGGAGCAUCUCACCCCGUUGGAACUCCCCGAGCCUGCGCUCACACCGUUUCAGUUUCACAACCGAUUUUUUUUUUUUGUUGGAAUUUCUUUUUCUUGGUUUAGUGUCAUGUGACUGUGAAUCACCUGUCGAAAAAUUGCAAUGGCCAUGGGGAUCAGAUAGUCGGAAGAUAACAUUUUUGUUUCAAUUUCGUCAGACAAAAGUGUCCCAACACCUGUCAUGCCACGACGGAGAGGAUCUAACAACAGCGCUGGACGUCGCACAACUAUUGAAGAUGGACGUUGCAAUGGGAAUAAGAAGAUCAUGGCCCCUCCACGUUCAACGACUAAAAUCGUAGUGGCCUCCCCACCAAUUGCUCAGCCAGUCAACGAAAUUCCAACGGAAGCAACGCAGUCCAGCGAUCUUGGCUACUUGCACAAAAAGUUCAAAAAAGUAGCCGCCACCUUUUCGACGACGCCGGAACCAACAGGGCCGACCGAACAGAAGGUGGACGAAUCGGUUGAUUCAAAAAAAGAAGACGAUGGCUCAUCGAAAUCGUCCAAAAGUGGCGGCCGUUAUGUUUGUCCGUACUGCCAACACGCCUGCGCCAAGCCGAGCGUGCUGGAAAAACACAUUCGAGCUCACACGAACGAACGGCCCUAUCCGUGCGUACCAUGCGGAUUCGCCUUCAAAACCAAGAGCAACCUGUACAAACACUGCAAGUCACGCACUCACGUUCUCAAACUGGAAGAAACUGGUGGAACUGCUCAAGGCACAGCAUCGGCCAUCAUCGAUCCGGUGGAAGGCGGAAGCGACGAUACCUCAGACGACAAUGUUAUGCUCGACGAUAGUGACGAUGGAGAACCUCUCGUCCCUGCCGAAGUCGUUCCCGCCUCAACCACCACACCCGAAAAAUUCAAAACGCCAUACAAACCCAAGUUCCAUAACUUGAAAAAUCCCGAAGACAAUGUAGAAACAUCGCAGACGGCAGAUGUUGUGGAAGGACCGAAUCGACCCAGUGCCGGAUUUCUUCACGAAAGAAUCACGCAAAUCAUCAGCAAGAAUCAAGCCAUUGUCGAAACGUUGGAUCCCAUUUGGCCGAGACGGUACGUCCGUCAAUCCAGUCGCGAUAACAAGGAAACCGCAAAGAAUGUCUCAUCUCCCGUCAAGAAACUCGGCCCAACCGGAAGAGAGAGGAGCUGCAGCUUGAGUUUGGUUCCGCAUCAGGCUGAAUCCGUCGUGACUGCACCUCUGGUUAUUCCGGCGACAACUCGAGUACUGCAAGAGACUUGCGAUGAGAGCCAGCGCAAGAGGUGCUAUUCGGAAGGACCGGCCGCAACAGAUAAUCAAAUUCGACAUUCCGUCCGGAACCUGUUGCAACAACCCGCCAAGCCCCGCACGUCAGACGUCUUCAAUCCCCAAAAUCCAGAAGGCUCAAUUAUCAAAGACAUCCUGUUGAAAAGCCGUGGAUUACUGCCCGUGGUGGAUGGCAAAGAAGUUGACCCGCCAACGAAAAUGUCCUCUUCUUUCACGGUGAGUGCUCUGCUCAAUCCGUCGACGACCAGAGCCAAACCAGUAGAAAUACCUCACACGAGCACAGAACUGGUAGACGAUCCGGCCGGAGGAACAGAACAGCCAUCUAAAAGACUCAAAGUGUCGAGUCCAGACAUUCGACCAACACAAUCGUCUUACCCUCGUGAAGACCGGAUACGCACGUCGCUGCCGCUUUUCGGCGGCGAAGUGGAAAUCCACGAUGGACCUCAACGGACGGUGAUGCGGAUUGAUCCGUCGGGUUAUACCGAAUCGAAUCGAAGCAACGGACAAACGGAAACACAAGCCGUCAUCGUGACAAAAGCCAGUUUGAAUUCUGGUGGUGGUAUCGUUCGCAUUCAACCGCAAGAAUGCCGCAUUUUGCCCGUCAUCAAAACCGCGGGAUUGGAAGCGGGCCGCAGCGUCAUUCAAUCCUCUGUGCCUUAUAUACCGGGAAUCCCCGGUCCUUACAGUUCAAGUGGAUGGCUGCCGGCUUCGACCGUCACGUCAAUCACGAGUGCUCAGUCUUCGUCAUCCGUGGUGUGUAGCUCAUCAACGUCACGUCCUAUUCCUUCGAUCACGGUGCAUCCACCGCCGCCAGCCAGUCAUCAACCUAGCGGGAUCGCCCCGCAUGCCGAAGAACGGACGGACAGCGGGUUCGGUGACGAGGAUCCACCGACGUCGUCCAAGUUUUUGCGUCCAAAUUCUCUGUCGUUGCAGCCGGGGACUUUUAAUUUGAAAAAGACAAAUAUGGCGGGACUGGAUCAUUCCGGCCAACCCAACAUGCUCUGCGUUUCUGGAGCGGGAAUGACGUUGAUCAGCCCCGAGACGCCUCGUCCUCGGAAACUCUUCCGACAGUUGUAUCUCAAUGGCCACGCCUACACCUAUUUGGGCCUCAAAUGCUCGACCAGAGUCUAUUUUUGCUGCUUAUCCCGGGCCCAGCCCAUGUACGUCCCGCACCACCCGAAAUUGUCCAUGUACUCGCAAUGGAAGACGAGAGCUCCCGCCUCGGCGCCACCCGGACUAGAAGCAUCCAGUCCAGUUCAAACGAUGGCCCUUUACGAUUCCAGACAACGUCCGUCUACUUCAAGCAUAGCUCAAGCCAAUGAUCACUGUCGCAUGAUUUUGACCCAUUCUUCCUAUUGGACGAACAGAGAUAGACCCACUACCACCCAUUUCAAAUUAGAGGUAGCCGAAGAAUCGGAUGUUUCGGUUAUUGUUCGACCUGAAGUCACCCGAACAGAGAAUGAACCCACUCGCCCUCCGGAAGCCACCAGUCCAUCGGUUCGGCAACAGCAGCAACAGCAACCGAAACGUGUGCGGAUCUUUGCUGGUGGCUACAAAUCGACAGAGGAGUACACGUACGUCCGCGGCCGUGGCAGAGGACGCUACGUCUGCGAAGAAUGCGGCAUCCGCUGCAAAAAGCCAUCCAUGUUGAAGAAACACAUCCGGACGCACACGGAUCUAAGGCCCUACACCUGUCGCCAGUGCAAUUUCAGUUUUAAAACCAAAGGGAAUUUGACAAAACAUAUGAAAUCGAAAGCUCAUCACAAAAAGUGCACAGAGCUGGGCAUCGUGCCCGUCCCCACCACCGUCGACGAGGCCAAUAUCGACGAAGAUAGUCUGGCCAGGCAGGAAACACUGAAGAAGAUGAAACUGGCAGGCGGAUCCGGAAAUGAAGGCGAUUCCGAUUUAGACGAUGAAGACGACGACGAUGACGACGACGAGGAAGACGAAGAAGUCGAAGGUGAGGAAGAAGAAGAGGAAGAAGAAACGCCAAUCGCCCCCGUUAAAUUACCGAUGGGGCAAUUUGAAGAUGCGAGCGAACCCAUACGCGAAGAACGAGAGCAAGAAGUGGCUCGUAGUUUGCUCGACCUUGGUGUCAUUGCUCCAGCGGGAUGUAAACCUACCACGUAUCCGUACGCCAGCCAUUUUCAUUCGACUGAGGAUGAAAAUUUGAAUCCGUGUGCCGAGGAAUUGAAGGAAGAACCUCCAAAAACUCAACAACCAAUAGAUUUAUCGACAACCAACGCGAUCGCCACUGAUUCCGCGCUUUUGGCUUCCAUUUACUCGCCCAUCGUUAGCGAAACGGCAGCUCGUCGAGGUACCUCACCCGACAUUGGUGCCCAACCGGCCACCAGUGGUAUGCUCCAAGCUUAUCUGACUGAAAAGGCGUUGAAAGAAGGAUUGAUGAAACGUCAUCAAGUCAAACUGGUGACGCCAUCGGUCGUAGUGGAAAACCCAGUCGUCACCUUCUUUCCCGCUCACUCGAAAACGGAUAGGAGUCGGUCUGAAUUUGUGGUUCCUCUUUCGUCAACCUCUGCGGCCAUACCCACGUCGGCGACGGCGUUCAAAUUGACGGACGACGGGAAAACGGCGUGCAGCAUUUGCAACAAAGUCUUCACUAAACCGUCUCAACUCCGAUUGCACAUCAACAUCCAUUAUUUCGAGCGGCCGUUCCGGUGCGAAGCCUGCGCCGUUUCUUUUCGCACCAAAGGGCACCUUCAGAAACACAAGCGAUCCGUCACUCAUUUUAAUAAAGUCAACAUGAAUUUGACUUUCGGGACUCCCAGCACGGAGAACCCUCGUCCGUUUAAAUGUUCCGAUUGCAUGAUAGCCUUCCGCAUUCACGGCCAUCUGGCCAAACAUCUUCGCUCCAAAAUGCACAUCAUGAAACUUGAAUGUCUCGGCAAGUUGCCGUUUGGCACUUAUGCCGAAAUGGAACGAUCCGGAAUUAAUCUCAACGAAAUUGACACCACCGAUUGCCACAAUUCACUCGAAAGUCUCCAGUCGUUGGCCCAUCGACUCUACAAACAGGAUCCAUCCAAAAUUCAGCAGUGGCAACAAGAGGCCCAAGUUGCAGUGGAAGCUAGUCUGAGAGAACGGACGAUUAGCGAAUCGUCGGAAGAAUUUUCGGAUGUUGCCGACGAAUGUGAUGAACUGGAUGAAGAUGGAGAAGACAGUGAAGGUCUUCCGGAUGGAGCGGGGGUCGAGGAAGCGCCACCAAGAAAACCAACCCCCCCAACAGGGCCUGAAACGAGUCAUACUCCUCGGCCAGUGUCUCCACCACUGGAUGCGAGGAAAGCUCCUCCGGCCAUGUUUUGUUCCGUCUGUGGAGAGUCGUGUAUUUCGAUGGAAUCGUUCCAAUUGCACGUCAUGGAAAAACAUCCGCCUUUGUCACCACCUUCCACAACACCCGUCAAGUCUUGUUCUCCAACGACCGAGUCUCCCGCCAAAUUGGCGCCACCCAGUGCAGACAUUGGCAGGAUUGUCAACCUUGCUGUGGAAUCGAGACGUUCCCCCCCUCGUGUAUCGGAAGUGACAAAAUCGCCGUGGAAUCGAGGUGAUCUCCAACACGCCCAACCUCGUGGCUUUUAUCAUCCGUCGACAGCUGCCACAGCUCAUUCGUCUGCUAAUACGUGGCCACCACGGCCACCCAUGUUUGGUGACGUGAUGAGCCUCAAUCCCAUACCGGCUAUUCCACCUCAGUGGCAUCAAGAUCCAGCUGCCAUGGCCUGGAUUGCGUCACGCCACAUGAUGAUGGCCGGUCACCCGCACAACUACACCAGCGGACACCAUGCACAUACGACAAAUGGGACUAUGCAGCCACGGCACUACAGUCCCACGACUAGUUCUUCCACUAAUGAGGACACCCUCUUUGCCUGCGAGCUUUGCGGGAAAUCGUUUAUAGCCAAAGACACGCUCCAACAACAUAUGUUGGCUCACGCCCAGCCGCGGCCGUUCGUCUGCGAAUUUUGCGAUGCGGGAUUCACCACCCAAAAGCAACUUGAAUCGCAUUUGGUUCUGCACAGACCCCGGACAUCCUGAUGCCCAGCAUUCAUUUUUUUUUUUCUUUCAGUGGCAGCGUGUGUAUGAUGUAGAUGUGUGCUUGCACCCGGUGAAGUUUUGUCCUCCCACGGUAUCUUUAUUAAUAGCGUCACAUUUGUUUCGAGUGUGUUAUUGUGUAAAUGCUUUUGCUACUAUUUGGGUCGCUAUCUUUAUUCAUUUUGCUUAUAUAUCCUUUGCGAUAAUUUUAUACACGCUCUUCAUAUUGCGUCAAAUUCAGAAACAUAUCAGAUUGACCCGGCAUGUAUAGAUGACCCUUUUUAAUUUUACCUGCUCAAUCAAACUUGUUAAUAAACUUAUUUUUCGAUA